AUGUCGGACUUGCCGGAAAAAGAGUUGCAGGGUUAGUAAUAGCUUGUGAUUUAAGUUUUAACAGAUGCCCGAGAAUUGUUCAUGCUCUAUACAAACGGCGAAGAUGAAAAGAUCGAAGUGAAACACAUCGCAGAAAUCGUUAGAGCUCUUGGACUGACACCAACUGAAGCGGAUCUCAGGAAAUGUGUUUCUCAAGAUUCCCCAGGUGAAACCUAUUUUCCGCCAUACUCUCGAGGGUUUUUACAUUCUAACACUAUCGCUCCUUCUCAUCUAUUUUGUUCAACUCCUAAAUAAACAGCUCUCGCUUCUUAGGAUCUGAUUUUAUGAAAUCACGGUGUUUAACUUUGUUGUCAUUCUUAAUCGUUGUCUCACGUAAAGUAGGGCACAGUUCUUUUCUUUUUGAAACCCAUAGCGAACGUUUUAUGUCUAACUAUUGUUGAAUAUUUUCUGUCAUGCUUACUAUCCUGCCUUCACUGUCUUUGUUUGUUUUGAAUAAUGCUAGUAGUUGUCCAUGACACCACAGUGAACCCUAAUGCUCCCCCUUUUGUAUUUUCAUUGAAAAUCGCGGACGCGUAUCUACUUCAGACGAGAGGAUCAACUUUGAGACUUUUCUGCCGAUCUACCAAGGAUUGCUUAAGGAUAAGAAGCCCAACAAUCCGGAUGAAUUUAUUGAGGGUUUUCGAGUUUUCGACAAAGAAGCAAAUGGUUUCAUCAGUUCCGCAGAGCUCCGGCAUCUUUUAACUCAGUUAGGCGAGAGACUGCGCAAUGAAGAAGUAGAUGUGCUUCUCUCCGGCAUUGAAGAUAGUCAGGGACAAGUCCCAUACGAAGGUGACUACACAGAUCCUGUCUUUUGCAUUUUUGGUCAAUAUUCCCUCCCUUAUAUGCAAUGUUCGACUACUUAUUAG